AUGGAGGCUGUAGCAGAGCUUAGCAAAAAGGCUAAGGUAUCUGACCCUUUCAUCACAAAAAACUGGCAUCAGCAAGUACUAUGCACAUUUGAGGGAGAUGAAAGUGCAAUAAAGGUUCAGAUAUGUGGGACAUAUGUAACAGAAGAAGAAUUCAUGCCAGCAUUGAAAUACUCUAGUGAGAUUAGCAACAACUUCAUGUGGCUUUGCUGCAAUGCAAUGAUGACUAAUUGGGAUACAAAAACAAAGAUUAUCGUCAAUCCAGUAGUAGUUGAUCAAUUGAUUCUCCCCAUUGAAAAAUGCAACAUUGCCAAGGUUAGGUCCUCAUUUGCCAAGUACGAUCUUGAUAAAACUGAGAGGAUUUACUUGCCCAUUCUUACAAGCGGCCAUUGGUUUCUGAUUAUCAUCAAUGUAUCAAACGAAGUUGUCCAAAUCUAUGACUCUCUACGGAACCCCACCAAAAUUGAAGCAGACCAUAAAGCUUUAUGGGACAAUAUGAGCCGAAUGUAUCUCACCUUCCUACUUGAUUCAUCAUCAAUAUCUCUCUAAAACAGCUUGGUUGAAGUGUGCUUAGAUCCUUUGAGCG